UCUGAGGUCGCAGACACGCAUGGUAUAGCCUUAUCCUCUGCCUCAAGGAUCAUUUAUAUUGUGUGCUCUGUACUUUGUCUCUGUCUCGACAAUAUCAGAUUCCCAACAUCCCAGCAAGAGCUAAAGAAAGUGAAGGACGAGUUCUUCAAUAUACAGGGAUUUCCAAAUGUCGUUGAAGCCAUAGAUGGCACACUUGUCCCCAUCCAAGGCAUGGCAGGUGAUGAGGAACCUACUUUCAUUUGCCGGAAAGGAUUCCAUGCCAUUAACAUACAGGCUGUGGCAGUAGCUAAGCUCAGUUUUACCAACAUUGUGGUAAGAUGGCCAGGAUCCACCCAUGACUCUUUCAUUCUGGCUAAUUCCUUCUUGCCACAAAUCAUGAGAGGAGUGAAUGGAUGGUUCCUGGGUGAUUCUGGCUAUCCACUGAAGAAAUGGUUGCUGACACCAUUUGCCCAGCCAUCCAACCAGCAGGAGCAGCGGUACAACUCCUCCCAUUGCUCGGCGAGGAAUACUGUUGAGAGAGCUUUUGGCGUUCUCAAAAGCAGAUUUAGAUGCCUUCACAAAACAGGUGGUAGCCUGCAAUUCAGGACAGAGAAGUGCAUCAAAAUCAUUGAAUGCUGCUUUAGGCUUCACAACAAGGCCAUUAGUGAGAGGGUGCCCCUGCAAGCAGGGAAGAAUGCUGUGCCAGUGUACCACAACCAUGAUCUAUACAAUGGAAAUGAUAAUGAUGGAUUUGCCUUGAGACAAAGAAUUGUGCAACGCUUUUAA